UAGAUGAGCUAGCGGGGUCCAUCAAAAGCCAUUUUGUAGAGCGUCUUUUACUGCAUCUUUUCUUUAUAGAGUCAAAUUUUCAACCGCGCGAUUUACUAAAGAAAAAUUUAUUAUACAAACCGUUACAGAACUUCUGGAACACCCUUUAUAUUUUGAACACACAGCGUAUUAGCUGAUGAAAAAAUGAAUCGAAAAAAUGCACGUUUUUUUUUCUGGUCGUAAGAGAGUGAAAUGAGUUAAAUAUCAAGAUUAUUUAGAUAUGAGCACUCUUCACACUCAAGACUGGAUUUUGACUAGUAGACCUAAGUACAUUUGAAUAUCAUUCCGAUCGUAUAUAUAUGACAAUAGUAGACAUGAGUGGAACCAUUCAUUUUUGGUCCGCUUCCACCAAGAUCGGUACCAUCUUGCCAAUAUCUAUUCAGAACACAUGAGUCAUGACAAUAUGACAUUUCGUACCAGUUUUCAAAACUCGAGACCAGAACUGCCAUACUCAUAUCAAAAUGAUAGUCAACCACAAUUGACUGCAAACAUUAUUUUUAACAGCGUUGACUAUUUAAUGUUUAACAAACUUAUGAUUUAAGAAUUUUCUUUUAGAUUGAAAAGUAGAAUUUAUAGUCUAUGAAUACGAAUAGAAAUUUUUACAUUUUGUUAUUUUUUAUUUGAAAAGUAAAUCAAAAAAAACAAAGAUCAGUUAUUUAUAACUAACUAACAUUCUAUCAAUAUAAAUUGUUCAAAAUUUUUAUGACAUUUAUUAUCUUUUCGUAUAUAAUAUCUCUUAUCAAAAAAAAAAAAGAAAAAAACUUUAAACAUUCAAAAUUUAUUAGUGUAAUAGAUAAUCAUUCGUACAAGAAUUGAGUUCCAUGUAUCUAAAAAAAAGUAUAAUUAAAUAUCCUAUUGUAACAUAUCCUAGAAUUCUAUACUUUUUUUAUCAUACCUAUUACUCUGCGCGUGUAUUACUCACAAGCAGUGUAAUGCAACAAUCAUAGGUUAGAUGGCAAUAACUUUUUUCGCUAGGUUGAGCUAAGUGUUAUCAGAAUAUCUUUUUUUGUUUUUUUUUAGAAAUAUCGAUCUAAUAAUUUAUCUUCUAGGUGCAGCUCUUGUUGGUCUUGCUGCUGCACCAUUAUGGACAGCGAAAGCUACAUAUCUUAAUCAAAUCGCUCGUUAUCAUUCUGAACAUAAAAAACAAACUCAUGAAGUAUCAGUUAGUCUAUUUUUUGGUAUAUUUUUUGCAAUAUUUGGUACAAAUACAAUUUGGGGCAAUUUAAUAUCGUAUUUUGUACUUAAUCGAUUAAGUAAUCCGCAAGUAAUUAAUUGUGGAAUUCAUUUUGAUCCUAACAAAGCUUCACCAACAAAUACAACUGAAGAUGUGAAUAAUACAACGCGUUAUAUUCUUUGUGGAACAUUUGCUGGCAUGGGCGUUUUAUCAAUGUUACUUUUAUUCAUAACACUUGAUUCUGUUCAAUUAACUCAAAAACAAACUAUGAAACAAUUACUUAAAAAAAGUCUUGAAGUAGUUGUAUCAUUCAAAAAAUGGAAAUAUCUUGAUCAAUUAUUUCUUAUUCCACUUACAAUGUGGACAACAAUUGAAACUGCUUUUUUAACAGCGCAAUUUACUCGAGGUUUUAUUACUUGUCUUAUUGGUAUUCGUUAUGUUGGACUUAUUAUGGUAUGUAAUGGAAUAUGUCAAGCAAUAAGUAGUUAUGCCUGUGGUCGUCUUGUUAAAUAUACAGGUCGAAUAUUUGUUUUUAUUGUUGCUGCUUUAAUUAAUUAUGCAAUGAUUAUUUUAAUGUUUCUUUGGAAUCCAAAAGAUAAUCAAAUGGCUGUAUUAUUUGUUAUUGCUGGAUUUUGGGGUAUUGCAGAUGCUAUUUGGCAAACGCAAGUUAUUGGUAUUUUAUUUUUCUUAUUAUUUAAUGAUAAAGAAUUCAUUGAUUGA